AUGUCUGAGUUGAGGGGAUCGCCACCUCUAUCUAGAGGAUUGGAGAACGGCUUUGGUGCUCCGUUGGCGGCGCUGAGUUCCUUAGCUGAGGCACCUCCUCCGGCGCCGAAUCCUCAUGGGAUUGACCACAUACUGUCCCGUCCGUCGGUUGGCACCAAUGUCGGUGCUGGACUAUUGGCUCCAAGGUUAUCUUUGGCGGCGGCGGCGGCAGGCAUGGCGCACUACCUUCAACAUAAGCCGCUCUACUGGCCAGGCUUUCAAGGCCUCGUCUCCAAUCCAAUGGCUUGGAGAGAACGGCUGCAAUCCAGUAAGUUAUUAAGCCCAUUUAAAAUUAUUUUUUCAAAUAGUAAUCUCACUAAAUUCUAG